UGUUUUGUAUUCUUCAGCCCACCCAUCCAUCCGUCCAUAACCCUCGCAGCUGUGCGUUUCUCGACUCAUUCACGAAGUGACAGAAGUGGCAUAAGAAGUGAUGGCGGGCCACAGCUGUUCGCACUAUUUUCGCCUAGUCAUUAGCAGCCUCGGCGUGCUGGCGGGCCUUCUGGCAUGUGUUGCGUUUUCUGUCAUGUACCAUCAUGUCGUAGCAUCAGUCCUCGCUUUUAUAUCAGCUGUGUUUGCUGCAGUGUGCUUAACAUUGCACAUCCUUCACCAUCGUAAUAUCUUAGCGGUAUGGCACUCGCCAGACACACUUGGUGACAUAUCCAAAUUGGGAUUCUGUGUUUUAAAUAUUGGGUUUUCUCUAACAGCAUGGUAUAUUUUUGAUAUACUUUAUCAUCACCGAGCCAUGAUGCCUAUCGAAGACAGCCCAUACAUUUCAGCAGUUUGGGCAUUCAUGACUGGGAAGUGGGGCCUAAUGCUGUGGUUAGACAGUCGGAAAUAUGCAGCUUUGCUGGGAUCUGGUUCUCUUCUGGCUGACUAAUGUGAUAGUGACUCAUCCAUAUCAGAACAAUUUAACUGUACCUAUUUGAUUUCUUACGACUCCAAUAUCAUUUCACUUCACUUGUUAAUUUUAUUUUUUUGUAUGUAUUGCCUUGGUAUUCUUUCAAAAAUUGUUAUUUUGGGGGCUUAAUGGCUGUAUAUGCUCAAAGUUUUCUGAUAGAUUUUAUUCUCUUUUGAUUUUUGAUUUUGUACUCUUAAAAAUAUCAGUGUUGUUAGUGGUUCCUUCAUUUGCUGGUAGAUGGCAAAUUUUAGCUUGUAAAAUAGGGUCAAGUGACUGAAUGGUGUUGUUUAAUGAUAGCAAAUUUUUAUAUGUUAAGUAAGCCUGCUCCAUAUUAUUGAAGCGGAAAGAUCUUUUCUUUUUAAAUGUGAUAUCAAGUUUAUACUAGAAAGAUUAUUAAGCAGACAUCAAAUUGUACUGUUUAUUUUAUAUUUUUAUAAUCAUGUGAACGUCAUCUAAAGCUUUAUUCAAAUAUAAGAAUUUAAAUGAAAUAUUCUAGAUUCGGGAUGAAGCUUCUUAAUACUGAUUAGAUAAGAAUAUGCUACAAUCACUGUGAUGAUUUUAAAUUCUUCAUAGACUGUCUCUUACUUGCUUUGUAUUCAUACCUGUACCGAAUGUUUACUUGAAUGUUUAUUUUCUGACUAGGUUUUAAUUUUAGUUGAUUAUGGUGCUGUGAAAUGUAUGCUAUUUCAUGGCAAUGCAUUAAAUAACUGUUCAUUAUACAAAAA